UGCCUUCUUUGUGUCCGUAACCUAUUUCCUCUACACCUGCCCCGACCGCCGACCGCCGACCGACAGACGACUCCGCCCGCUUUGGAGCGUUAAACAGGGGCUUUUGUGGCUUUUUCCAGCCUCUCUCGAGAGCGCUUGCCUCUCUAUAUAGAUGAUGACCUCGUCCCAGCCGCGAGGUGAUGUUGGUGGCAGCUUUGCCAGCCGACGCGGUCAUGGUAGCCAACUCUCCAUCUCCGAUCCGAGCCAUCAUGUCACCGAGGCUAUCGGCACUCUCUACGGCGACGAAGACGAUUAUUCCAACGAUCAACGCCCUCUGAGCUUCAUGCCCAAUAGCCAACCCGAGCAGAUGCAUAGACACAACCCCGCUGAUUCUCCCAACAAUGAAGAUCCCCGAGACUCGCGCCGGGCGUUGCUGCGGUCAAAUUCCGAUCAGUCAGGCAUCCCUUCGACAACCAAUGGAGGAGGUAGCAGUCCUCAGUUGAAAAAGGCCCAUACCAUGCCCGUCGGGGCCCCCGGCCAUCGAGGUGGUGGCUUAUUCGAGAAUGGUACCAUGUCGCCCGUUUCCCCCGCAUUCUCCCUCCGAGAUGUCCAAGCCGAUUCGUCCCAGUUCGCCAUUACCAACAUCGAACAUCCCAACGACAUUGCCCAAGAGUUGAGUAACCUGCAGGCGCUCCGUAGGAUGUCCAUGGACGUGGGAAACAAUUCAGAUCCUGAUCUGUUGCCGUUUUCCGGAUUGUCUCUGACGGCUAUCCCCUCCAUUGCGCCUUCGGGCGGUGACGACGAGGCUGAUCCGUCGAGGCUACUCUGGGUGCCCGCGGCCGUUCAUCCAGAGCUAGCGCCUACCGAAUUCAAAAACUUCCUCGAAAACCGCGUCAAGACGAUAAGGAGAAGGUCCGGCACCGGCGAUUCUCUCCUUUCUCCAGAUGGCCUCGACCGCAGCAACUCGGGCGGUUUGAAAAGGAAAAAGAGCAUGCUCUCCAGGCAGAUCGACAAUACGGGUGGUCGGGCUGCAGACAGCUACAUAGACGGUGCGGAGAGGUUGGAUAGCAAGCGGUCUAGCGAAAACUCAAUGGGAGAGCUAAGCUUAGAGGAGCUUGUGAAGGACCCCACAAGGGCGGUACAAAGGCUUGCUCGGGAAACAAAACAGUCACCAUCCACAGGGUCAGGAAGUAGCGCAGAUGAUGCGCCCAUUCUGCCCAUGGCCCCGGGGAUGGGACUUCGCCGGUCGACUCGCACCACCUACAGGAAAGGUGGCAGCAUGCGCUCCGGCGAACGCCUCUCUCUGGGCAAACGGGUCUCUGCUGCGCGGCGCAGCCAGACCGGCUCCGAAUCGCCAGAGACCGCACCUCCGCCCGGCGACGCUCCGCCAGGCCAUAAACUUGGUAGGGUACAGUCUGAGCCCAUCUCGGAGAACUUCUCGCGGCCGAAUCGGUCAAUGAGGCGGGCGCAACUGUUUGCGCAUCCCGAAUCUCACGCUUCCCUGACGGGUGGCGAAGAUCUGAGUUUAGCGGACGUCAGCGAUGCUACUUCAGCUACCGGUAGCGUUCAGGACGUGCUUACGACGCGGGCGUCCCCAGCGUCAGAGUCCAAGGGCCCGGUACCACAAAAGAUGGAUUCGCCUCUGCGAGAGGAGGAACCCAGCCAACCGACAGAAACAGACGAAAUAACAAGACCGUACCCACAAAGGUCUUCGUCUUCCACAAAGACAAACCAGGACAUGGCUCUGCGACAUAUGACUCCCGAUGAGUUGUCUGUGCAGGCAAACAAACGACCUGCCGCCGUCCGGAGCCCUCACUCAUCUUCUUCUGUACCCACGCUCCAGCAACAGCAGCAGCUAAGCCAGCAGCUCAACCAUGCCGCCCCGCAACCGCAGUCUCUGAACGACAUGGCGUCCCACCCGUCGCCCAUUCCCGGUAGUGGCGCUACUAGCACCGAUAGCCUCACCUUCAUCCCCACUUUACCGCCAGAAGAACGGAAAAUCGAAAAGAAAUCCAAAAAGGACAAGGACGACGACAGCUCCAGCGUUUUCUCUUCGAAAUCGUCCAGUGGCUGGUCCAAAUGGCUCAAGGGCAGCGGCGAGGACAAGGAGAAGAAGCGGAAAGAGGACGAGAAGAAGAAGAGCAGCAAGAGCCUGGUAGAAAAGGCCCAGGAUAAUGUCCGCCUGGACGUCCUGCAAAACUCCAUUGAGAGCGCCGUGAACAAGGGCCGCGAAAGCCUACACCUGGACCGCGAGAACGUCGACGCCAAACCGGCCGAGGAACGGAAAAGGGAGGGCAGUCGCAAAUCGGACCCUUCGAAGAAGGAGAAGGAGGGGGGAGGUUUGUUUUCCAGCCUCUUCGGCGGUAGUAAGAGGAAGAGUGACAAGCAGACGGUGAGCAAGAAAGGGCACCAACCACGCGUGUCCGAAGAACGCCCGUACCGGCCCCUGCGACCCGACGUCGACUACCCGUGGACACGAUUUCCUUUGCUGGAGGAGAGGGCCAUAUACCGGAUGGCCCACAUCAAGCUUGCGAAUCCGCGUCGGUCGUUGGCGAGCCAGGUCCUGCUCAGCAACUUCAUGUACAACUACUUGGCCAUCGUUCAGGCCAUGCACCCCCAAGCGCAGAUUCCGCAGUCCCCGCAGCAGAGGCGCUUGGAGGAGGAACGUCGACGGAGGGAGCAGGAAGAACAGUAUCUGGCUCAGCAGCAGAUGCAGCAGGAAACCGAUCAGGAUGCUCUUGACGAUUACAAUUAUGAGUACCAUCGGGUAUGAGGUCCACUUUUGAGAUUUGCGCAUUUCAUUUUCCUCCCUUGGCUAUCCGUCAUUUUCCCUCCUUUCUUUUGUCUCUCUCUCU